CGAUGGAGCCAAAAUUUCACCAUUUUUUGGCUUUGGGGUGUGAUGGAAUAAAUCAAAAUGGAUCUCUAAACUGUCUGCGCUUCUUUAAUUAAUGAAGUAGCAGUUAGUCAAGCAAUGCAACUUUCGACGUUGAGCCGGGGGUCUCUUUGGAAACAGCCUCUCUACUUUCGAGUAGGGGCAAGGUCUGCGUACACACACCCUCCCCAGACCCUACUCUUUGGGUUGUUGUUGUUGUUGUUGNUUUUAUUGAGUUUGUAAUGUCUUUCCAUCAUCUCCGAUGGAGCCAAAAUUUCACCAUUUUUUGGCUUUGGGGUGUGAUGGAAUAAAUCAAAAUGGAUCUCUAAACUGUCUGCGCUUCUUUAAUUAAUGAAGUAGCAGUUAGUCAAGCAAUGCAACUUUCGACGUUGAGCCGGGGGUCUCUUUGGAAACAGCCUCUCUACUUUCGAGUAGGGGCAAGGCACGUUCUAUUCAUCUAGGGGCCAUUCAGGAGGUUUAGAGAAUAUGGAUGCUUGUACUCCUGAUUUGAAGACAUCUUAUGAAUGUGAUAACUCAAAGGAGUCUGAAUCUCCACGCUUUCAAGCUAUACUUCGUCUGACUAGUGCACCGAGGAAAAUGUUUCCAACAGAUAUCAAAAGUUUUUCCCACGAAUUGAAUUCUAAAGGCGUACGCCCUUUCCCGUUUUGGAAGCCUCGAGGUUUAAAUAACUUGGAGGAGGUCUUAACGAUGAUAAGGACAAAGUUUGCCAAAGCCAAGGAGGAAGUUGAUUCUGAUCUUCAUAUAUUUGCGGCUGAUCUCAUUGGGAUUUUAGAAAAGAAUGCUGAAGCGCAUCCUGAAUGGCAAGAAAUUAUAGAGGACUUGCUGAUUAUAGCUCGAAGAUGUGCAAUGACUUCAUCUGGGGAAUUUUGGCUUCAAUGUGAAGGAAUUGUUCAGGAGUUAGAUGAUAGGCGUCAAGAGCUUCCGGCGGGUACGUUGAAGCGGCUGCAUACUCGAAUGCUUUUUAUACUCACAAGGUGUACACGGUUGCUACAGUUCCACAAGGAAAGUUUUGCUGAGGAUGAAACUAUAUCACAGCUUUGUCAAUCAUUUCAUCCUACCAAUAAUCACAUUUCUGGAGGCUUGAGAACGGAUCAGACAUUAUCCACUGCCAUGAAAGUUCUGAAGAAGCCUGCUACAAGAAAAUCUUAUAGUCAGGAGCAACAUGGUUUGGAUUUGAAGGGAGGUCAGGUGAUUCAGCCAGAGGGUUCGCAUUCAUCACCAGCUGAGACUGUUAAGAAUCUGGAUUCUUCAGGCGGUAGGGAUCGGAUGGCUUCUUGGAAGAAAUUACCAUCUCCAGUAGGGAAAGGACCCAAAGAGUCUACUCCAGUUAAAGAGAAAAAAGAUAUUAUGGAGGCCUCAAAGUUGCGAAUCAACAAGAGAGGGACUUCAGAUUCAGAUCUUCCCACUGCUAAGCAUCAAGAGCCCCCUUCUAGCAGAGAGUCCUAUGGACACUCGUCAGGAUCUUCCAAGCACCAGCACAAAGUUUCAUGGGGCUAUUGGGGUGACCAACCGAAUCUCUCCGAUGAAAGCAUAAUUAUCUGUCGUAUUUGUGAGGAGGAUAUUCCCACUUUGCAUGUGGAAGAGCACUCUAGAAUAUGCACUAUUGCAGAUCGUUGUGAUCAAAAGGGUCUUAGUGUCAAUGAGCGUCUGAUUAGCAUUGCUUAUACACUUGAGAAAUUAAUGGAGUCAUUUUCACAAAAGGAUUUUCAACCCACUACUGCAAAUCCAGAUGGUGCAAAAGUGUCUAACUUAAUUGUAACUGAAGAAUCUGAUCAAUUAUCUCCAAAUCCCAGUGGUUGGUCUCGCAGAGGCUCUGAAGAUAUGCUUGACUGUUUACCAGAAGCGGAUUAUCCUGCUUAUGAUGAUGACCUUAAGAAUAUACCAUCUAUGUCAUGCAAACCUCGAUUUGGCCCUAAGUCUGAUCAAGGAAUGACAACAUCCUCUGCUGGUAGUAUUACUCCUAGGUCUCCUUUGCUCACACCACGAACCAGCCAAAUAGAUUUGUCAUUGCUUGGGAAAGGUUGUUACCCUGAACAUGAAGAUCUCUCUCAGAUGAAUGAACUUGCUGAUAUUGCUAGAUGUGUAGCAAAUACACCUGUGGAUGGUGGUAGCUCAUUGUCUUACUUAAUCACUUGCCUUGAAGAUUUGAAAGUAGUCAUUGAUCGGAGAAAGUUGGAUGCACUUACCGUGGAGACAUUUGGACACCGCAUAGAAAAGUUGAUUCGGGAGAAGUGUUUACAAAUGUGUGAGCUGGUUAAUGAUGAGAACAUCGAUAUAACAAGUACUGUCAUUGAUGAAGAUGCUCCUUUUGAAGAUGAUGUUGUACGUAGCUUGAGAACCAGUCCCGUUCAUUCCAAUAGAGAUCGUACAUCUAUAGAUGACUUUGAAAUUAUAAAACCAAUUAGUCGUGGUGCAUUUGGCCGGGUAUUCUUGGCAAAAAAGAGAACAACAGGGGAUCUUUUUGCUAUUAAGGUUCUCAAAAAGGCUGAUAUGAUACGCAAGAAUGCAGUUGAAAGUAUUUUAGCAGAACGCGACAUUUUAAUAUCUGUCCGCAAUCCAUUUGUGGUUCGCUUCUUCUAUUCAUUUACUUGCCGUGAAAAUUUGUAUCUUGUGAUGGAAUACCUGAAUGGUGGGGAUCUCUAUUCACUACUGAGAAACCUUGGAUGCUUGGAUGAAGAUGUGGCUCGUGUAUAUAUAGCCGAAGUUGUACUUGCCUUGGAAUAUUUACACUCCUUGCGGGUUGUUCAUCGUGACUUAAAGCCAGACAAUUUGUUGAUUGCAUAUGAUGGCCACAUCAAGCUGACAGAUUUUGGGCUUUCAAAAGUGGGUCUCAUUAAUAGCACUGAUGAUCUAUCUGGUCCAGCAGUCAGUGGAACAUCCAUAAUGGAUGAAGAUGAAUCUCAGCUAUCUUCAUCUGAGCCUCAGCAUGAAAGGCCUAAAAAGCGUUCUGCUGUAGGCACUCCAGAUUAUCUUGCUCCUGAGAUCCUGCUAGGAACAGGACAUGGUUUCACAGCUGAUUGGUGGUCUGUGGGUGUUAUUCUUUUUGAGUUGAUUGUGGGCAUUCCACCAUUCAAUGCAGAGCAUCCUCAGGAAAUAUUUGAUAACAUUCUUAAUCGUAAGAUACCUUGGCCCCUGGUCCCCGAAGAAAUGAGCGCUGAAGCACAGGACUUGAUUGAUCGCUUACUGACAGAAGAUCCUAACCAAAGGCUUGGAGCCCAAGGAGCAACUGAGGUGAAGAAACAUCCAUUUUUCAUGAAUAUUAACUGGGACACACUAGCAAGACAGAAGGCUGCAUUUGUUCCUACCUCGGAGAGUGCCCUUGAUACCAGUUACUUCAGUAGUCGCUUCUCUUGGAAUCCUUCAGAUGAACGUGUACUAGAAACCAGUGACAUUGAUUAUUCAAGUGAUAAUUGUAGCACAAGUGGUAGCGGUAGUUGCUUGAGCCGUCAUGACGAACUGGGGAAGCAGGGUGAAGAAUGCGAGGGCCUUGCAGAAUCUGAGUCGGGUUCUCCUGUCAGAUAUUCUUUCAGUAACUUCUCAUUCAAGAACCUCUCUCAGCUUGCGUCAAUCAAUUAUGAUCUGCUUACUGGUCUGAAGGACGAUCCGCUGACAAAUCCAAUCCCAUAACUAUGGAACCCUCUCACCAAAAGUCCAUUAUUUUUGGGGGUCACGGUGCCAAUUGCUUGAAGCAAAAUCUGGGAUCAAUCCCCCCCCCCUCCCUCCAGAGACCUUAUAUAGAUAGAUGGAGUACGGUGAACUUGAUUGAAUGUGCUUUAAUUUUGUUUGAGCACUGAUUUUUUUUAUGGAUGGAUUGAUGGCGGGAGAAAGUUGUGGAUAUGAAAGUCGACUAAUUAAACUACAAGUAAAUUGCAAGUAUUCUUUUUUAUGUUUUAAUGAAAUGUGUCAUGACUA